AUGACGGGAUCUGAGGGAGGAGAGGGCGCGGGCAUUGGGGCUCCUGCUCCGCAACAACAGCUGGAGAGACGGGGAUUGUGGGGGCCGCCGGGGGAACACCGUGAGGCAGCAUGGAUGGAGGAGGCAUCUGAGGACACUGCGGCGGCGGCGGCGGCAGCGGCUGGGACGACGGAGGCUGAGGCGGGGUUGCCACAACCGACGCCGACGCAGGCGGUGGAGGAGCCGCCGUUGGGAGCGCAAACGAACGUUGCAACGAUUGAGGCGCCAGCACCGACGCCCACGCCUGCCGUGGAGGCUGUGGCACCACAUCCGGACCAGACGACCCAGCCUGCGCCACCGGCGGAGACGGCAGCGGGGGUGCCGUGGCAGACGAGGACUGCUGCUGCGACAAGGAGGCAUGAGACUGCGGCAAGGGAAGUUGCAAGGGCUGCGACUGGGACUCCAGAGGCGGAGUCUGUUGCGCAAGAGCGCGCGAUGGAACGGCUGACCGCGGGCUCGCAAAUAGGGAUCAGUCUGUCCACAGGGGGGGGGUGA